AUAUCAAUUCAUUUCAUUCCAUCUCAAGAGAAAACCCAACAAUGGAGGCUUUCCAUUUCCUAUCCUUCACUCUGCUUCUGUUCUCUUGUUCCUUCUCAACUGCCCUGAGAUACCCUGCUUCCCACCGAAACGAGAUCGAAUCGGAUUCCAAAACGAACUCGGCGAAUGGACAAGCAGAAAGACUGAUACGGUCGCUGAACUUGUUCCCGAAGCACGAAGCCAACGUCGUCCUGAACGACCGGUUUGCUGCGAAAAAUGCUCCGGGAAUCACCGAGAAGCAGUUCAGUUUGAAUGUCACCGGCGGCGGAAAUGGCCCUUCCAUCCAACAGUUUGGUCACUACGCUGGCUACUAUUCCCUUCCCACCACGAAAGCCGCCAAAAUGUUCUAUUUCUUCUUCGAGUCGAGGGUGAACAAGAGCAAUGCCCCCGUGGUGAUAUGGCUGACGGGUGGACCGGGGUGCGCCAGCGAGCUCGCGUUGUUCUACGAGAACGGUCCGUUCCAGAUUAGAGACGACAUGUCUCUGCAAUGGAAUGAUUAUGGUUGGGACCAGGCAGCAAACAUACUGUACGUUGAUCAGCCGACGGGGACUGGAUUCAGCUACACGACCGACGAUAGUGACAUUCGACACAACGAAACUGGUGUGAGCAAUGAUCUAUAUAGCUUCCUCCAGGAAUUUUUCAAAGGACAUCCCAAUUAUGCCAAAAAUGAGUUCUACAUUACUGGAGAAUCUUACGCCGGUCAUUACAUACCUGCUCUGGCUUCCAGGAUCCACAAAGGAAACAGUGACAACGAAGGAAUCCAAAUCAACUUGAAGGGGUUUGCAAUUGGCAAUGGCUUGACUGAUCCUGAAAUCCAAUACAAAGCAUACCCAGAUUAUGCUCUUGCUGCAAAACUCAUCUCAAAGUCGGAUCACGAUUCGAUCACCAGCAACCUGGUUCCACCUUGCCAAUCCGCCAUUUCAGCUUGCGAUUUUGGAGGUGAAGAUGCUUGCACAGAAGCUUUCUCCACUUGUCAGGAAAUCUUCAAUUCCAUAAUGGAAACAGCUGGUUCUAUAAAUUAUUACGACGUCCGAAAGCAAUGCCAGGGCUCGCUCUGCUACGACUUCUCUCGAAUGGAGCAGUUCCUGAGCGAAGACAGAGUGAAAUCCGCGCUGGGAGUGAAGGACGUCGACUUCGUGUCUUGCAGCAGUGCGGUCCACAAUGCGAUGAUGGGAGACUGGAUGGUCGACUACGAAACCGGGAUCCCGAACCUGCUGGAGAACGGGAUCAAGGUGCUGAUCUACGCCGGAGAGUAUGACCUGAUAUGCAACUGGAUGGGGAACUUGAACUGGGUUAACGCCAUGAAAUGGUCCGGACAGGAGAAGUUCCAGGGGGCUUCGAUCGUGCCGUUUGUGGCGGGAAAUGCAAAAUCAGGGGAGCUGAAGAGCUAUGGACCGUUGGCUUUCCUCAAGGUGUACAAUGCAGGUCAUAUGGUGCCCAUGGAUCAGCCCAAGGCUGCGUUGCAGAUGAUACAAGGAUGGAUGCAGGGGAAGAUCUAAUACGUAAAUAAUAUAGUACUAUGAUUCUUAAUACAGGGCUAAAAGCAUUGAGAUUAAUGUAUACUGAAAUUGGCUUGUUUAUGUAAUUUGUAACGAUAUGAUGCAAUAAGAUGUUGCCAUUGAUUCUUUGGCAUAUGCUGCACCAUGUUUAUGCUCUACCAACCAGAGUCUAAUUGCAGGGUUUAGUGUUGAACCUAAUUCAAAUCUGGUCUGGAAUUGUACAGUUCCUUCAAGGUUUUGAUCGCCUGCUGAAAUCCAGUCCUCAAUGGAACAAUGGCGGUAGCCUUUCUUCAAGGUUUGGUAAUUGCUUAUUUCUCCGUCCAUGAGAUUUAAGUUUUUGGAGUUAAGAAAUUGAUCAUCAGUGA